AUGAACCGAUUUGGAAAGAUCAAGUGUGAAUACACUCCAGAUGUGACCAAGUAUGAGGCAGAAUGUUUCUUCUUGGGCAGUGUGACAGAGGUUCCGUUUUUCCGAAUCGUCACUCAUUCCGCGGACUGGUCAAAAGAGCAUGACCCAAAAUUGACACUGGUGGCGGAACAGACCUGUUGCUACCAUAUGCACAUGCACACAUCGUGGAAUAUGGCUGACGAGGCUUUGUCAUCUGUAGCAGCCAUUUUCCAGGAUUCUCGUGGAAUCGUUUACGGAACCGAAAUGAUUGUGAACCUUUUGCAAAUGCGGAAAAUGUUUGCACCGAAACCCAUCGCUGGCUCGUUGGAUUUUCAUUUGGGCUGUUAUUGUUGGGCAAUGGGACAACGAUCAUGGGCCACGGAAGGUACAACGUAUGUGACAUAUGCAAGAAGUGCACAAACCAUAGAAAUUGAGGUGGCUCUGAUCGCGGAGAGCGCUCGACGAUUUUUGGUCAAUGCACCGGUCAAUGGGCUUCAUUUGACCUGGUCGNAGUUACUGCCUAUUCACAUCAGCGGUUAA